UAUCUGUUUGUGGACUGCUGUUUGGGGAAGAAAUAAAUUAAUUUGCUAUUAAAGACUAUUAUAAAAUUUAACAUACCAGAUUUUUGCUUAAAAAUGCAUUAAUAAAUUUUAUUUUGUCACAUUGUUUAUUAAAGCAAAUAAGUGAAGUUCAACUUAAAAUUUCUUUAUGAUGCGGUAGUCGAACAGCUUUAAAGAAGAAAUGACAUUUAAAUUAUUCCGAAGAGGAUCUGCAAAAUGCAUAGGACUUCUUUCAGCUUUUGUAACUAUUCUCAUAUGUCUAUAUUACAUAUCAAUUGGACAACCUUCACGAAAUAAAGAGCAAUUUCACCAACAUAAUACUAAAAGUCAUUUUAAAAGACAUGAAACUGGAGAACGAAAUCGAAAAUAUGAAUCUCUGCAUCUGAGCGGGGUCUCAUCAGAAUUUAACUCGAAAUGCUACCAGCUCUUUGAGCAUGAAACCAAUAUUACAACAAGCAAAGAAUUCGAAAAUUUCGAAUUUCAGCCGGAAUGGAUGCGAAGUAAAGAGUAUUGGGAUAAAUCUUUCGAAGAAAGGUAUGAUUCUCAAAUCAAGAAUGGAUCAAGACCACCUCUAAAAAUAAUAUUAGUGAUGCAUUCUCAUAAUGAUCCUGGUUGGUUGAAAACUUAUAUUAAUUAUUUUCAAAGUGACACAAGACAAAUUUUGAAUUAUGUUAUUGGAAAAAUGCAAGAAUAUACGGAAAUGACAUUUAUUUGGUCUGAAAUGAGUUUCUUGCAGCUAUGGUGGGAUCAAGCACAUCCUACAAAGCGCAGGGCUUUAAAAAAACUAAUUAACAGUGGAAGAUUUGAAAUAACUACUGGAGGCUGGGUAAUGACAGAUGAAGCCAACGUCCACAUUUUUGCAAUGAUAGAUCAACUGGUAGAAGGACAUCAAUGGGUUAAAGUAAAUUUAAACGCAACACCGACUGUAGGCUGGUCAAUUGAUCCAUUUGGGCAUGGUGCAACGGUACCUUAUUUAUUAGCAGCUAGUGAUUUUGAUGGAACAAUCAUUCAACGUAUUCAUUAUGCGUGGAAGCAAUGGUUUGCAAAAAACCAAUUUGGAGAUUUUGUCUGGAAACCUUUUUGGGAAACAUCAUCACCAAAUGGUAUUGACUUGAAUGAUAAAAGGAGUCUAUUAACACAUAACAUGCCCUUUGAUAUAUAUUCAAUAAAACAUUCUUGUGGUCCCCAUCCAUUCAUAUGCUUAAAUUUUGAUUUUCGAAAAAUUCCUGGAGAAUAUACCGAGUACUCAAUCAAAGCUCAAUUUAUCACUGAUGAAAACGUAGCUGACAAAGCACAAUUGCUGCUUAAUCAAUAUUCUAGAACGGCUUCUUUAUUUCCACAUAAUGUCGCCUUGAUUCCGAUUGGGGAUGAUUUUCGGUAUAAUAAAGAACGGGAAGUUGAUCAACAAUAUAAUAACUACAAAAAACUCAUUGACUUCAUUAAUGCCCACAAAGAUGUCUAUCAUACAGAAAUUCAAUUCGGAACACCGAAAGAUUAUUUCCGAGAAAUUCGCCAACGACAUAAAAAUUUCCCUUCACUCAAGGGAGAUUUUUUUGUUUACUCUGAUAUAUUUUCUGAAGGCAGACCAGCUUAUUGGUCAGGUUACUUUACGACAAGACCAUUUUACAAAAUUUUGAGUACAGAUUUGGAACAUAAUUUGCGAGCGAGUGAAAUUCUUUUUUCAAUUGCAUACAAUUUCGUUAGACAAAAACGACAUAACAAUGCAGUAAAAGUUUUGGAAAAAAAUUAUGAAAAAAUGAUUUUGGCACGUCGUAAUUUGGGAUUAUUUCAACAUCACGAUGCCAUUACGGGAACUUCUAAAGCAGCUGUAAUGCGUGAUUAUGGCUUGAGACUUUUUGAAAGCAUACAAGACACAGUAAAGAUGCAGGAAUCCACAAUAGAAAUUCUUUUGGAAAACGAUCCAACUUAUCAUCAUAACUUUUUACUUAGCGAACUAGAACGGGAAAAUUUUGGCAAAUUACCUAAAAAAACGCCAAUCACUUUGGAAAAUAACGGCGAGGGUUCUUUUGUAAUAUUUAACUCGUUGGCUCAAAAGCGUAUUGAAGUAAUGUCCAUCAGAACUUCUCGACCCAAUGUUUUGGUGAUAAACGAAAAUGGGACCGCUGUUGUACAACAAAUCAAUCCUGUUUGGAAUUUGACAGAAAAUUACGAAAACCCUAAAACUUUAGAUCAACUUAAAGUCUCUACAAAGCAGUAUUCUAUAUUAUUUUUGGCAGAAUUACCGCCUCUGUCGAUAGUGACUUAUCGAAUUGUACCACGAGAUAAUUACAAAAAUGAUAUGGCUACUAUUUAUUGUGAUGAAUGCUUUGACAAUACAACAAAGAACGAAUUUGAUGUCAAAAUUAAACAGCCUGGUGAUAUUCAACUAGAAAAUAAUAAAAUGCGUUUGCUAUUCGACGAAAAGUCAGGGUUUCUGAAAUCAAUUACUAGAAAAAAUAUUGGAAAGCCAAUACAAUGUGGAAUAAAAUUCGCAGCUUACAAAAGUGCUCAAUUUCAUUCGGGGGCAUACUUAUUCAAAACUGAUCCUGUAGAAAGAGAAGCGGAAAAAGAUGUUUUAGAACAAUACGACAAUGUUCGGAUAAUUAUUACAAGCGGACCUUUAGCCAGUGAUGUGACCACUAUCUAUCCACCGUUUCUUGCUCAUUCAGUAAGGAUUUUUAAUUCUCGGACAUUUAUGGACAAUGCUAUCUACAUAGAAAAUGAUAUAGAUUUCGAACUUCCACCUAAAAACAGAGAGACUGAACUUUUCAUGAGAUUUUUAACAGAUGUAGAAAAUGGAGAAACGCCAGAGUUUUAUUCAGACCAAAAUGGUUUCCAAUUUCACAGACGUACUAAAGUACCGUCAAUCGGAAUAGAAGGCAAUUAUUUUCCAAUUACAACGGCAGCUUUUAUCCAAGAUACCAAUAAACGUAUAACACUUAUAACAAAUCACGCUCAAGGUGCAGCUAGUUUAGAACCUGGAGAACUGGAAGUAAUGUUAGAUCGACGAACUUUAUAUGACGACUAUAGAGGAAUGGGUGAAGGAGUGGUUGACAGUCGUCUUACCCGAAACAAAUUUUGGUUAAUUAUUGAAGAUUUGCCAAAACAAUUAAAAAAUACUUAUCAAAUGCCCAGUUUAUUAGGUACACUUCUAAUUAAUAAUUUACGAUACCCGCCAAACGUAUAUUUUAUGGAAAAUUUUGAUUUUAAAUUGCCAACAAAUUUAAGGAAGAAAAUUAAUUUGUUGAAAAAUCCUAUUCCUUGUGACUUGCAUUUAUUAAAUUUACGUACUUUAACUGAAGAACAGUUACCACUUUUUCCAUCACGUUCUGCUUUAAUUAUAAUGCAUCGCCAAGGUUAUGAUUGUAGUAUAAUUAGUGAUGAUAAUUUAAAUUUAAUUUGUAACAAUAGUACAACUAGCCUGCCAGAUAUAAUGUUUGAUCGCCUUUUAAUUCAGAAUAUUGAAAGUACUUCACUUACCGGUUUAAAUAAAUACAAAAAUAUAAAAGCAUUUUCAGAUAUUUCUAUUGAACCAAUGGAUGUUAAAACGUUUAAUAUAACAUUUAAGUUUUAAAAGAAAAACAAAAAAAAAAGAUUUGUAAUGAAUUUAUAAUUGAAAGGUAUUUUAAAGAUAUUGAAUUUUGAGGUAUUUCUUUUCACAAUUUAAAAUAUAUGUAUGUAUAUUAAGUAUAUAACUUAUAAUCUAAUUUAAAAGUGUUACAGUUCAAAUGAAAUAUUUAAACGUUUGUGCAAUAUUUACAAUAUUAACCGAAAUAAUUGUAUACAUAUUUUAAAAUUCAAAUGUUUUUUUUUAUUGAAAACAUAUCACAAACGGAAUUUUUUUCUUUUUUAUCCCAUAAAAAAUAAAACAAAAUAUUACAAAAUGUUUAAACAAAAAACAUAUUAGUACAUUAUUAAAAUAUAAAAACGUUUAAAUAUUUCUAAUUUCAAAUUUAAUUAUUACGUUAAUUACUCAUUGAUGACUUUUUUGUCUCUCUUGUACGGCAUAAAGUGUAACGAUUUUGUUGAUUCCUCUGUUACGAAUUGUUCAGGAUUUAUAGUGUGGGACAUCUCAUCUAUUCAAAUGGUAAUUGUCAGAACUUUGACCCCUGAUGGAGUCACUACAUUUUACUUUCUUUUUGCUGCUUGGAAAAUUUCCAAAUUAUGGUCUCCAAUUUGACACAUGAAACUUAUGUUAUGUAGCUUUUUUACACCGAAUUUACUCACCCAUUUCAGACCCAUGCUAUAGAUCGCAGCUAAACAUUUUCCAUACAAAAACUCACUAGUUUCAGUUUUAUGUAUUUUAAAUGGACAUUUGUUCAAUUUGUUUACAUUUGUUGCCACUUUAGAUAAAUUUAUUUGUUUUCCGAUUUCUAAAUUUUAUAAUAAAACAAGUCAUUUUAACUUUAUUUCAUUUUUAAAUUAAAUAAUAUAAUAUAAUUGAUUUUCUGUAUUUGAAAAUAGAAAAUGUUUAUGAAUACUUAUCAAUAUUAAAACUUAUUUAUCAUUCUUCAUAAACAUUUCGUUAACAAAAAUGAAACAAAAAAAUUAACAUUCCUGUAUUUUCUUUUAAUUUUAUAAGAGG